UACCUAGCUUUAUAAACAUGGCUCUGCUUCAUUAAUAGAUUGCGGAUUUUAAUGACACGUAAAGAAAUGGAUAGGCAAUAUUAUACAAAAAUUAAGAGGCAUCGUGCCAAGUAUAAAGUCGUAAAUGGAGUUUCGACGCAUUCGUUGGAUUUAUUUGCGCUGUGUAGCUUCCUGUGACCGUGUUUACACGUAGCUAGCCCUUCUGUGGGCUAAUAUAAGCUAGCAAGAUGGACCUUGGAACAAUGUUGUACAACAAUUUAAAAGAUGUUACUUGGAGUACCACAGCUCUGCCAUUAGAUCAACUUGUCAGCGCUUACAGAUUGCCUCAAAUCGUCAAGCUGGACAACGGCCAGUUGGUCGAAGGGCUUCGAGACAAUGACUACCUCUUGAUUCAUUCCUGUCGUCAAUGGACAACUAUAACUGCACAUAGUCUUGAGGAAGGACACUACGUAAUUGGACCUAAAAUAGAAAUCCCUGUUCACUAUGAAGGUCAGUUUAAGCUGCUGGAACAGGACCGAGAUGUUAAAGAACCAGUGCAAUACUUCAACAGUGUGGAAGAGGUAGCCAAAGCAUUUCCUGAAAGGGUUUACGUCAUGGAAGAAAUCACAUUCAAUGUUAAGGUGGCUUCAGGGGAAUGCAACGAAGAUACUGAAGUUUACAAUAUAACACUAAGCACUGGCGAUGAGCUAACAUUAAUGGGUCAAGCCGAGAUCCUCUAUGCCAAGACCUCCAAAGAAAAAUCCAGAUUUAAUACAAUUUUUAAGAAGAUUGGCAAGCUGAACUCCAUCAGUAAGAUGGGUCGAGGCAAGAUGCCCUGCUUGAUCUGCAUGAACCACCGCACCAACGAGAGCAUCAGCUUACCUUUCCAAUGCAAAGGCCGCUUCAGCACAUGUAGUCCGCUGGAGCUUCAGAUGCAGGAUGGCGAGCACACCAUCAGGAACAUUGUAGAAAAAACGCGUUUGCCGGUGAACGUCACAGUGCCCAGCGGUCCUCCCCGCAACCAGCAUGACCUCCACCUCAUCCGGGAAGGCCAUCGCUACAAACUGGUCAACAUUCAGACCAAGACGGUGGUCGUGUGCUGCGUCCUGCGAAGCAACAAAAUCAUCCCCAUCCAUUUUCCUUUCCACGUGGCUUUGCCUCGAUUUAUUGUUCCGGAGGAACUGCUACAAGGCGAAUUGUGGCUGGAGACUAUGGUGCAUCGCUGGUUCGCCUUCUGUCAGGAGCAGUUUGAUAUAGACGACUACUCCCGUGCCGUUCGGGAUGUACGGACAGAUUGGAACGAUGAGGGGAAGAGCCCUAAGAAGCAGAGUGGCGGGAACGGUAUCUGCUGUGCUGGCGGAACCUCCAACGGGUGUCCCAACAGUAUGCAGAUCCCGAGUUCUUUAACGUACGCCCGGGAUGAACUGACGCAAUCCUUCCACCGACUCUCUGUGUGCGUUUACGGUAGCAACCUGCACGGUAACAGUGAGGUCAAUUUGCAGGGAUGCGCGAGCCUCUGCGGCGAUUGGGCUCUGCUGCCCUCUGACAGCAUUCCGACAGACUCGGUGGAAAAUGAACACUUUUCCACAGAAAUGUUGGAGUGCCCCAACAAGCAGGCGCCCCUCACCAAGUCAGAUGUUCCCUAUGAGGAGCUGUGGUUGGACCACUUAAGAAGCCAGAUCCCAAAGUCGUCUUCAACUGAAGGUGUUCAAGGUCUCAACAAUGGAUGUGCUCCUACAUUAACAACAUCAACCCCAUCUUGCCCCGUUUUAUGUCCUCUUGGUCCAGCUACCAUUCCUGACGUCUCUCUCACUCCGCCACCAGUCCCGCCCAAAUCUGAAGCUGUGAAAGAAGAAUGUCGCUUAUUGAACGCCCCGCCGAUUCCUCCACGUAGUUUGAAACAGAUGCCGUCAGUACCGAUGCUGUCGAAGCCUCGGCAGCAAGAGACCCGCUCACCAAGUCCAACCCUUUCCUACUACUCUUCUGGUCUCCACAGCAUUAGUGGCACUUGUGAACAAGAGGCUUCUGAUCCGCAAGAGAAAAGCAGCGUAUGCUAUCCGUGCAAGUGGGCACGUCCCGCCAGUGGCGAGCCUAGCGGCGCGAUGCUAAAUUCGCCAUCCGACGGGAUGUCCUCCAGGUUGUCUUGGCCCAACAACUUCAGCGGAGGAGAUUGUCACGCUUUGGACGACUUCCUGCCCGCCGGCUGCCGCAGCUACUACAGCUACCCGAGAAAUAGAUCCACGAGCAAUCCCAAAACCUGCAGCCUAGUCGACUUUGACAGCCGAGAGCGUGCGCCCGGCGCUAUAAGUCUCAGGCUGCGCGAUGAGUCUCGAAGUAAGUCCUGCACCAAAUCUUCUAGUUACAAUUCGGAAAUGCACAGAGACAAACCGAUAGACGAAUGCAAUACCAAGCAGAGCCUUUCUUGCCCUAUUUUACCGCCAAGAACAGCAAAGUCAAACAGCUUGAAGAAGAGUUUAGAAUUAGCAUCUGGAUCAACCGGUGACAGUCAACAGGACACUUCAACUCCCUGCCUCGUUCCACAGCGUGAACACUUAAUGCAAGAUUCGACUUCCAUCACGAACCCGGAAACUCCUUGCUUGACUUCGGGGUCUCUCUCAGAACAGUGGCAGCCCCCGCCUUGUCUGGCCGGCCUUUCAAUAGAAGAGGUGUCCAAAUCGUUACGAUUCAUCGGCCUUCCAGACGACAUCGUGUCCCUCUUUAUUUCCGAGAAGAUCGAUGGGAACUUGUUACUGCAGCUCACCGAAGAGAUUCUCUCCGAGGACUUCAAACUGAGCAAACUGCAAGUAAAGAAACUCAUGCAGUUCAUUAACGGGUGGAGACCCAAAAUAUGACGAUGGCGGAAGACUUUUCGUAAACUUAAUAUGCUAUGCAUCCCUCAACCACAAUGCAACCUUACUUCCCAGUCACCGCAUUGUGGGGGGACCCUUCCUAGCACCCUUUAAAUCUGUGACUGCUUUUGCAACCGGAUGGAAUCAUUAGCACUUUUUGGGGGUCUUUUUUUUUUUUGAUGUUAGCAACGUUGUUCCUUCUUGCCUCUCAUGUUCUUAUUACAAGCAUAUAAAUCUAAACGUAAACUGGCACAGGGAACAAGGAUAUCUGCUAAAGAAACCAAAUUUUAUGGGACUGCUUUUGUUUCGGUACUACAUAUUUGGAGCUAGCUAGGUACAAUGCAUUGAGCUAACUUAUCUUAGAUUUAUCUUAUGAGCAGAUUACGGGUUCACACGUAUCCUUUUUUUUUUUUUUAACCAUCUUAACCAAUAUUUAAAAUGGUAGAUCACAAGUGUAUUCUUAGUUCUCUUUUGUGAGGUGUGCUUGGCAAGUGCCACAUAUCUCCGCUGACAAAUGCGAGUCUUCGACCCAAACCAGAAGUCUGUUAUAGUUCCAAGACAGAUCUGUGUGCCAUUGUACUUCCCGACUGCCAGAAAAUACAAAGAUCAGAGAAACCUCCACUUAUCGAACCUUAUCCACCCGCAACAAAACUGACUUACUGCUUAGUCUUCCUUAGGGCCUGAUCCCUCUUAUUUGCGCAGUUACAAAUAAAAUUCAAAGCAUGUUUGCUUUAAAACUUGCUGUAAAACUGACACCUAAAAUAAUUAACCAUUUAAUACUUAAACACCAACAUUUUUAAUGUAUGUCUGUUAGCAUAAUGCUUGCAAUAAUGUACAACAGACAGGCCAACUGAUACUAGCAUUGAGAUUACGGUAAUUAUUAAACUUCAAAUAUCUCCUACUUUAUCACAAGUAACAUGAACACAUGCAAAUACAAUAACUAGGGAUGUCCCGAACGCAUAUUUUUGCACCCGAUACUGAGUCCUGAUCCAAUACCGAAUUUUUUUUUUUUUUUUUUAAUCAUAGACUUCACUAUCAGUUGACUAGACAGGUCUUACUAACAUUGCACCAUGGCUUCCUGUUGGGGGCCGGCCCAGGCAGAGCUGAGUUGGCUUUGACUGUGAUAAACUCAAACACACACUGCGUUCAAACGUCGGAUUUAGGUGAAAACGGGCCGAAUUUUUUACCGCAUACAAGCAGGAUGGAUGAUCUCGAGUGAUUUGGUCGAGGAGUCAAGGUAAUUAUUAUAUAAAAGAGCCCGAUGCGUGCACUUUCAACUUAAAAUGCUCAGUUUUUCGAUGGACGCCACAUUGGAUUAUAUAAUAGCGUAAUUUUACCUCGAAAUAUUUAUGUAAAAUUAAUGAUAACUGCCCGUUUCUUUGCUCUUAACCAAGAAUCUAGACUGUUCUAUUUUCAUAUCUAUAGAAAUUCUGGUGACGUAUCCAUUUUUUUUUUUACAAGAAUUUGCAACUUAACUCUUUGUUUUGUGAUGGCUACCAUGUUGUAUCCGUACACAGUAGCAUUAAGUUUACAUUCAAAUGAUCAGGUAAUUUUCGGCCAACUGCCCGUUUUUUGGGGCAAAAAAGUAGUAAUUUAGAAAUUUUUGCGUCCUUACAAAUGUUUCUUUUCGCUUUUAUGUAACAUUUCAAUCUAAAGACGCCGAGGGCCAGGUAGCUGUCCAGAAGUGCCUUCGUGUUGAGGCAAUAAAAACAUCGGAAUUUAACCUAAAUAAGUUGUGAUUGUAUAUAGAAAAAUGCAAAUUCUGCUUUUGUUGAGUAAAAUUAAGAUUAUUCUGCAUGCUUUUCUUAAGUAUUAAGUUUCUGAUGUGAAAAUUGAGUAAUUUAUUAGCUGUUGGAAACUUGCACUAAAUAAAAAAAUUAAGUUGCUAGUUUGGGCAAAAACUUGUAAACAUUGCUAUUGAUCCUGAAAAUAUAGGUUUUUAUCUCUACAUUUGGUGAUUUUUGUGCAUAUAGUGUAAAAUUUGACAAUUUUAGAGCCAUUUUAAGUUUUGUUAUAAUUAUAUAAAAAAUAAUCAGGAUUUUAUUAGGGAACGACUUUGAAUUUUUUUACUUCGCUGCUCAUGGAGACUCAUAUAACCUGUAAGGGAGGUGACUGUUUUGAAAAUAGCCCCCUACGGAUCGGUAACUUAUCCCAUCAACUGAUAGUGAAUUGUAUGUUUAAAUUUAUUUGAACAAAGGUUCCAAACAUGUUACUGUUCCACCUUUCCAUCUUCAUAAUGUAGAAAAUGCUUGUUUUUAUUAAAUGCUUCAUUGAGUGAGUCUACUCAAAUCCACUCACACUGCUGAGAACAGCCUCUCACACGAUGAGUUGCCACAGCACACUUAUGACUGGGCUGCGAAUUUAACGAUGAUUGACACUAGUGCUGCAAUGAUUAAUCAAUGAACUCGAGUAAUUCGAUUACAAAAAAAGAUUCGAAAUAAAUUUUGCUGCUUCAAGUAUUCGUUUAAUUAAAGUGGCGAAUGGUUUGUUUUGAAAAUGGAUUUAGUUUUAUUGAUUUGGGUGGAUACACUGUCCUCUAGCGGCAAUAGUGAAUAUGAAAUAACUCAUUUCACAUAGCUGCUCCCUGAUAAGGCCAACAUAAGCUACAUUUUGUUUGAGCUAAUAUUUCUUUUAAUGCAUUCGUUCAUAGGGAUAUUUAGCUUUUUUUUUUUUUUUUGUAGGAAUACGUGUUUGAACUAUUAAGAGCGUAAAAAAAAAAAGCGGACUUUUGCUAUGUAUGUUAGCCAAUUGUUCUUCUGUUGUACUUCGAUCCUCAUUUUUUUUUUUUUUAUACAGUUCGAGGCUCAGCUCAGGUAUUUAAUUUUUUAUGUUCCUUAUCCGAUUACACAAUUAUUCGAACUAACAAGUUAAUCGAUUGCUGCAGCCCAAAUUGACACAUUUUUGCCUUUGAUCGUAGAGUUACCAAGCUUUUCUGGCAAGAUCAAAGCUACAAACCUGUCAAUCAUUGUUAAAUUUAAGUACUGCAACGCAAGCUGCACUGGACAGUUUGGCCGCACUUCUUAGCAGGAGGGAGGGUAUGGUGCUGUACUAGCAUGAAGCAGAAAAACAUGAAUAUAUAUUAAAAUACCCAAUCCUUUUCACCCAAUUCUGAUCCUUUGAAAAAUGGUGCGAUCGGAUCGGGACAUCCCUAACAAUUACUGAAACUAUUUUCUUUAAAAUCGUAAAUGUAUUACAGUGCAAUAGAAUAAGGGCUACUUGGCAAGAUGAAAUGGAGUUCUGAUGCCAUGGCAGCAAUACAACCAAACUGCUGUUGGCACAGUAGUAACGCCAGAAUAGUAUAUAAAGCCAUUUGAUUUAAGGUCCAUAAACUAGUACACAGUUUGUCGUCACUAGUAGGACAACUUUGGACAAAAAUAUUAACAGGUUUUGCAUUUUGUAACCUUAUUCCUACAUUAGUCUUGUUUUACUUCUCAUCACACACUACAAUCUUUGAAACUUAUUUUUGCCAGCAUUUUUAUUUUUCAACUGACAUUUUCAAUGAAGCUCCCAAAAGUAGAACUAAAACAAAAUCCAGAUGGCUAUUAAUCAAGUCAAGCAGGUUCUAGCCCACACUGCCAUCUUAUUGUGCCUUUUAUUAACGAACAGUGACUAACUUCUCAGUUAACGCCUUACUUGGACUACCACGAGAAAAGUAUGCAUCUUGCACUUUUACUGCCGUUACAGUUCAAUUAAGAACGUCUAAUGCUAAAUUAUCCCAUGACGGAAUGCACUUCAAACUUUUUUUCAUCCUACUGAAAUGGUACAUGCUUAGUUUUAUUAAAGUGUCCUGUAAUGAAAAGAGGACAUAUUUUUACAAGCGUUUUGGAAUGAGGAAUUUGACCAUUAAUACUUAUAAGUACAUUUUGUGCAAAGUCUUAUGUCUUCAGUAAAGCAACACUAAAGAAUGACUAUUUUC